AAAUGAAUCACAGUCUCUACACAGUGCAUCCAACUUAUACUCCCAUCAACCUUAGACUUGCAGAAGAGUAUUUCAAUACACUUCCUUCUGGCGAUAUCAGCAGACAAUUCUUCGAUGGUGUACAAUAUAGAGCUGUAAAAGGAUUAUUUGCUUCUUAUGGACUUAAUAGAUUUUCAUAGUAUGGAAAGUUGAACUCUCUAUACAAGUUCUACCCAUAUUAGAGAAUCGUCAAAGAAACAAAGGAAGAAUUAUGUGAAGAUUGGACUUCAAAUAUUAGUAAUAUCGAAUUCAAUAUAUUCUUAGAACUUGCUGCAAUCGUGACAGGAGCUUCAUGGACCUUCCUUUAUUAAUACGCUAAAAGAGGAUAAGUCUUGAGCAUUUUGAGAGAGUACGGCUCAGUCUUCAAGACCCACAGAUUAUUCAGAUAAUAUCUCUACACUCUUGUGCUUCCAUUUGCAAUUGCAAACGAGUAUACAUUCAUUCAUUAUCAUGAUCACAUUGAAUAAUUAUGGCAAGUGCAUGCAAAUAGGUAAUUACGAGAAUUUAGAUCUUAGAUUGAACAAGAAGGACUUGUCAGAUCCAGAAGGUACCUAAUAUCCAGAAGAAUUAAGAGCACCAAGAAGAGAUGUGUUCAUCAAUAAAUGGCAUUGAUCUACACCAUAAUAAAUCUAAUAAAGAAUAUUAUUAUUUUU